CAUCCUCUCAUCAACACACAUUCUCAUCUCCUCUUUUUUUUCGUCCAAACCUCUUCAGUUCAACAGGCAGAGCCUCGUCUCACUUUUUUCCAACAACCAAACAACACCAACCGCAAACGAUCAAAAUGCGCUUCACCGUCCUCAUCGGCUCUCUCUUCGCCGCCUUGGCCAUCGCCGCCCCUACCCCCAUUGAGGCAGAGGGUGCUGUCGCUGUCGACAAGCGCUGUGUCGCGGGAUACACUUGCUCCAACAUUGAGAACGACAAGGAGCGUGCGAGGACCUCACCCCGCCCGGGCAGUGACCCUUUCCCCCCCAGCCCGGGCACGCCCAUGGACUAAGUGUGUCGAGAAUAGGCAUGCGCGGCAGAUUCAGGAUGGGUUUUCCAUAGCUUGGAGCUCAAAAUACAAACACAGCCUGUUGUUGUCUGGA